AGCAAGCUGAGCAGGGGUUGGCUAAGAGCAAAGGUCCUGGUGGGAGGGCAGACCUAGGCCAGGCUGGCUGGAGUGUGGGGAGCACCUGGGUAGAGCCAGAGGAACAUUGUGUGCAGCAGCGAGAGGCCAGCAGAGGAACAUGGUGCUGCUGCGGGGGAUCCUGGUGCUUGGCCUGUCCUGCCUUCUGCAUCCCUGCUCUGUGCUCUCUCCCGUGAGCGCCAUGGAGCCCUCGGCCAGUGAGAUAGGUAGUGGGCCAGCCCAGGAGAAGCUGUCUCCCCUUGUUCUCCUCAAAUUGGACAAUCAGGAGCCUGUUGACCAGACUGCCUUGAAGAAGUCCCCAGGAGACUGCAAAAACCCCCCAACCCCAGAGGAGAUCCACAGGCUUGCCCAGGCCAUGAUGACUUUCAGUGCUGACCUAUUCUCUGUGGUAUCCCAAACGUCCACCAGCCCCAACCUCAUCCUGUCACCCCUGAGUGUGGCCUUGGCACUGUCUCACCUGGCACUAGGGGCUCAGAACCAAACACUUCGGAGCUUGCAAAAGGUCCUGCACGCAGACUUGGGGCCCUGCCUUCCCCAUCUGCUAAGCCACAUGUGCCAGCACCUGGGCCCUGGGACGUUCCGCAUGGCUGCCAGGAUGUACCUGCAGAAAGGAUUUCCCAUCAAAGAAGAAUUCCUGGAACAGUCAGAACAGCUUUUUGGCGCAAAGCCUGUGAACCUGAUGGGAAGGCAGGAAGAUGAUGUGGCAAACAUCAAUCAAUGGGUGAAGGAGGUCACAGAAGGGAAGAUUGAGAAUUUCCUCUCAGAGCUGUCGGAAGACACCGUGUUGCUUCUUCUCAAUGCCAUCCACUUCCAGAGUUUCUGGAGGAACAAGUUUGACCCGAGCCUCACUCAGCAAGAACCCUUUCACCUGGAUGAGCAGUUCACAGUCCCCGUGGACAUGAUGCAAGCCCAUGCGUACCCUCUGCGAUGGUUCCUGCUGGAGCAGCCUGAGAUACAGGUGGCUCAUUUCCCCUUUAAGAACAACAUGAGUUUCGUGGUCAUGGUGCCCACUCAUUUUAAGUGGAACGUGUCCCAGGUACUGGCCAACCUGACCUGGGACACCCUGAACCAGCCCUCCUUGCGAGAGAGGCCCACCAAGGUGUGGCUGCCUAAGCUGCAUCUGAAACACCAGCUGGAUCUGGUGUCCACCCUCAGCCAACUGGGCCUGCAGGAGCUGUUCCAGGCCCCAGACCUGCGUGGGAUCUCUGACCAGAGACUGGUGGUGUCCAGUGUGCAGCAUCAGUCCACCUUGGAGCUCAGUGAGGUUGGCGUGGAGGCAGCUGCGGCCACCAGCACGGCCAUGUCCCGCAUGUCCCUCUCCUCCUUCAGUGUGAAUCGCCCCUUUCUCUUCUUCAUCCUUGAAGAUACCACAGGCCUGCCCCUAUUUGUGGGCAGCGUGAGGAACCCCAACCCUAGCGCACAGCCCCAACUCCAGGAGCAGCAGGAUUCCCCGGACACCAAGGACUUGAUCUACAGACAGAAAGGCUUCCCCUAUUGGGACAAGUCCUUCAGCCCUGACUUGAAAUUUGAACCCCCUUCAGAGGAUGAUUACCCCCAUAUUAUCAUCCCCAAGUGAGGGGCUGUGGCCACCAGAAUCCCGAGUCCCCUACCUGGACCAUCCUUUCAAUUUGUGACUUUUUCCAACCAGCUUUGUGGGACGGGACAGGCUGGGAGAAGCAGGGAGAGGACCUGCUGUCUCCUGGCUUUUCCCGGGAUGUCUAGGGUGGGUGGGCAGGCCGGAGGGCAGGCAUCAGGGAAUUGUUGGCGGGAUCCCACUUCAUUUCCUCUAACGUGGCUCGAAGGGUAUCCUUUCUGGGGUCUGGGUGGUAGGGCAGCUGCAGUCUGGUUUUGUCAGGAGGUGGUUGGGUCAGUCCUCAAAUCAUCGGGGGCACUUGUAAGCACAAGAGCCAGAGUCUGCCUUUGGACAGGUCUCUAACAUGCUGCCUAGGGAGAGGAGAGCUAUGGUGGGACCUUGGGGGGCAGGGUAUCAUCCUAGGAUCAGACAGCUUCCUGUGGGCCUCUGCUCCUCAGGGGGCCUUGUGCCUGUUUCUGUAAGGUAGAAGGUGGUAUAACUGGCCGGCCAGGCCAGCCUCCGCCUGCUCCCAAUGCCCAGCCACCCCAGUCUCCCUGCUGGUCCUCAGAUAUGCUGACCCUGCUAGGACUCCUUCCUUCCUCUUUCUGGUCUCCCUCCUGUGCCCAGAAGCUCAGGGAUGUAGGCAGGGAAGGGCCCCGUUAGCUCCCUGAGGCUCUUUUGUAAAGUUUUUAUAGUGAUUUUUAUGCCACCUGAAUAAAGAUUGAAUGGGCCCGG